UUGUCAACUGUAGAACUCUUAAGCUCGAACAUCCCGAAGUAUGCCAUUCUCUCCCAUGCAUGGGAGAAAGAAGAGGUCAGGUUCCAAGAGCUGGAUAGUCUUGCUCUACAUUACCCUACACAGUCGCCACAAUUGAGGAAACUCAUAUACAAAACGAGACCUAAGGGCUACCACAAGAUUUAUGAGACCUGUCUUCGAGCCGUCAAGCGCAAUCUCCAGUACGCAUGGAUUGACACCUGCUGCAUCAACAAGGAAAGCAGUGCGGAGCUGACGGAAAGCAUCAAUUCCAUGUUUCAAUGGUACCAAGAUGCUGUAGAAUGCUAUGUCUUCCUCUCCGACUUGCCCGCGGGGACGACGUCCUCAGAGGGGUUUGCCGGGUGUAAAUGGUUCACUCGAGGCUGGACACUGCAAGAGUUAAUCGCUCCAACGACAGUCCUUUUUCAUAACCAAUCGUGGAAGUACCUGGGGACAAAGGAAGAGUUUUGUGAUGAGAUAUCAUUGAUAACAAACAUAAACAAGGAGGUUUUGGAAGGGUCUGCCCAGCUAUGGAAUGAGUCCGUAGCCGCCAGAAUGUCAUGGGCUGCGCAUCGGGAGACAACACGCAUCGAAGAUCUUGCCUAUUGUUUAUUGGGCAUUUUUGAGGUCAACAUGGCGAUGAUAUAUGGCGAGGGGCAAAAUGCGUUCCGUCGACUACAAGAGGAAAUUGUUCGGCAGAGCAACGAUCUUACCGUCUUUGCCUGGAAUCAGGCGUCAGGAGAGGAGGCCGAUUCGGGAAUCUUCGCACAAUCACCAACUUUAUUUGGAGGGAGCGGGAUUAUUGAGCCUAUUGAUCAAGCACUAUUGGACCCCGAGUUCUCUCUGACAAAUAAAGGCUUGAAAUUUGAUAACUUUAAGCUACUCUGGACGGAGUCGAGGAAAGAAACUAGGGGUGGGGAACGAGGAUGCCGGAAAACCUACGCCCUCCCGUUAGGGAAUCGCAAAAAGAAGUGGAUCGCAGUGCCACUUCGAAAGAUUGGACCAGGUCUCUUCGUUCGGAAUGGAAGCUUAAUCACGAUCUCCUCGAAUAGUGGCGAUGGAGUAGCAGUUAACUUCUAUUUACACAUGACUCCAUCUUAUUCCCACUUCUUUGAAGACUCAAGGCUAAAGGAAGCGGUGAUGUUCCCCAAAGCUCAAUUCAAGAUCCAGGAGGUUGUCCCCAAAAGCCAUUGGGAGGAGGCGAACUCGCUAUUCUUUGCCCCAGUAGAGAAUCUCAAGCUUGUUCUAGCCGCUUCCGGAAGUAUCACUCUGGGGGGUUCGGCAGUUCAAGUUGUUGUGUGUAUUGACGAGGUCGAAAUCUAUGUAGAUGGAACUGAGUAUCAAAUAUCAGCAUCGAUCAACAAAGGAGUUGUCUCUUCUAUAUCAAAGUAUAGCAUCUAUUCUGUCAGCUUCGCAGUUCAGACAAUUUCGCAACCGCCACCGUCCUCGCCAUCGUCGGACAGGAAAUCAAACCAGGAUUCGGGAGUCUCGACAGUCUUCCCACGAAUGCAUCGUCUUUAAAUCCAAAGUUCGAAGGAAACUGGAUCCUCUUGACGCUCGAACCACCGAAACAGUGCUUGACCACAACCCCGCACACCCUCAACUACGUCUCGCCCAGGAAGUAGAGCAUUGAUUAGGAAAGCCACGCCGGAUAGCUCCAGACAAGUCUUC